GACCUUGACCACGAAAAACGUGUUAACAAAGACGCUGCCCGGCUUCAGUAUGAAAAGGGCUUAGUUGUUACUGCCUCAAGAAAGCAAGAAAUUCUUCACUUACGUUGACGCUGUGGUGCAAACGCCCAUACCACCAUUGCUUCGAGGAGAUGGGACUUAUGCCUAUAGCGACUAAGACAAGGCAUGCGUGCUUGGUGAGCAGUACUCAAGCAUCUUUGUCCGCGAAACAAAUACGCCAUGCAAAGAAUUAGCUUCAAGAGUCUCUGAGGACUGUUGUCUGGAUGAAAUUCCUGUAACUGAUUCCAAAGUUCUCCGGUUGCUAAGAGAGCAUUAUGUCGGAAAGACACUCCUGGCUUCUUGCCGCCGUAGCUGAUCGGGUGGUGCAUAUAUGGUCACGGACGAAUGGCACGGACGAACUUGCCGACGGAAAUUCGGCUUCCGUCUACAAUGAUUACUCCUGGUCUUACACGCCAGAUUCCACUGCCGCUUGCCGUAGUCUUGCUUGGCAUCCGCGCAGUUGCAAACUGGCCACUCUCCAUCCUACUUCCAAAUGUCCCAUCCAUAUUCAACGUGUUCCAGUUGCUGCUGGCGAGAGCAUUGAGAGUGAACAACCCAAGUGGCUAACAGAUGUCAUGGAAGACGGAGAUUGUUUGGGACAUAUUACCUGCUUUGCUUUCCCCCAACGAAGUGGCCGUUUCAUUGCUCUCGGCCGAUCUAACGGUGUUGUUACUGUCCAUGGAAUGCAGAAGCAACCAACAGUGACCAUUCAAUUUGCUUGCUUUACUCGACAAAUCACCAGCGCUUCGUUUACAUGUAUCGCUUGGGCUUUGAAUGAUUCGGUGCUGGUUGCUGGGGCAUUGGAUGGUAAUGUUUUUGUUCGACCAGUGACCACAGUCGAUUCCCCAUGGUAUUGCCUUCCCCACCCAAGUCGCGGUCCGCAUUCAUUCCAACCAUCACCUUGUCUUUCACUACAUACUUGCCGCGCGGAUUCCACUUGCAUCGCGGCUGGAUUUGCUUCCGGUCUCGUUGUCGUUUGGCGGCUCCAGUCGCCUUUGUCAUUGUGUUCUGAUGAUCUUCUAUGUCACCUGUGCGUCCCUGAAACGAUAGAUUCUCUUUCCUCCGACUUUCUCAGCAUCGCUUCUUCACCGGUCGAUCGCCACAUACUCAUCACUUGUGGUGCUCCGGAUUUAUGUCUUCGUAUAUGGAACAUGGAACGUGUUGAAUCUGGGCUUUGCACGGCUUCUCUAACUAGAGCCAUUAUGCCAUUGAAUAAAACUGUAGGAUACUGUGCGUCAGAUAUUAGCCCCGAUGGCACCCUAUUGGUUGUCGGUCUGGCCAAUGGGUUCAUUCAGAUUUAUCGAAUUGAAAAUCUAAAUCAACCUGAAUAUGAGAUACGUCUACCAGAGGAUUCACCUGUUGUCUCUUUGUCUUUCGCCAUCACCACUCAGUCUUACGAUGAGGUCAAAUUUUCAGAUUCAGUGUCUGAAAAUCCAAUAAUAAAACGUUGUUCGAAGCGUUCUCCUGUUCCACGUAAACCUCUGGUCAAUGUAACUAAUACUGAAGAGUACUCCAAUGCCUCUCAGUCUGCUGAAUGGAGUGCGGUCUUUCAUGGCAUUUCCCUUCCAGAACUGUCCGACAUAUCUGAUUCCAGCUCAUUAAGGCCGUCUCCAUCUGUCGAGCCUGUGCCCCCAUCAUCGGCACAAUCUAAGCGUAAUCUGACCGCCCAUGGGUUUCGUGUUUCACCCUUUGGCACUACCAAUGCACCUUCCACUCUUCCGAUGAAACCGGCUUCUGCCGCGCCCGAUGGCACUGUGUUCAAUGCUUUUACCUCGGGGGAUCCAUGUGAUGCGGUCCGCUUGGAUCAAUUUCGGGCCGAGAUACAAAUGUCUCAUUGCAACAUGCUGUACCACUUCUCCAGACUGGAGCGCAAGUUGGAGUCCAUGUUUGAACAUUUUUCCCAAUCUGUUCUCGAUUUGAAAAAGGAGAAUAAUGAGCUCCGACUUGAGUUAGAGAGACGUUUCCGUUUUUACUAACCAUGUUCUGUUUCACUCACACACAUUUCCAUCUGCCACACGUCAUUACUCAACCUAUUUUGGCAUUCCGUUGCUGAUUGUGAUCCCCGGUGUCGUUCAAUUCGCUGUGCCGCGGUAUCUCACAGGUACCACUUAUUAAAUGGAGAAUAGCCUAUCUGCCAAAGAUUCUAGAUGGGGUGUAGCUGCCUUUUUCCAGCCCCCGUUCGAUCUGAAUAACAUUCACUUUGUCCACUGUGUUCUUUCUGAACGCCAUGUAUAUGUGAACGAAUUUCUUUGGACACUGUUGCCGUCGGUGGGCUUGGUCUGCGUUUUUUUAAUUAAAAUUAUUGCAGUAUUAA